UCGUAUUUUUGCCUUUCCAGGCACAAUCUACAAGCACUUUGCCCUGACUUGUCACAGGAGGGCAGCCAGCUGUCUACCUGUUGAUCUAACGAGAGAAUAAGUUUUUUCAGCUUUCCUAGCUUUGUGAGUUUGUUCUGUGUUGUUGGAGCUAUCGUGGUAUCGAGAUUCAAAACUAUUUUUUAUCAUGACCAGGGCGUGGGUGGAUCCUCUGUGGAAUCAUGGAAAAGCUGAGUGGUGCUAGCACAGUUAGUGGUAUUCUGGAAUUUGUAUUGGCGUUACGGUCCUGCCCCGUGAGUGCGAGUGUGCAGUCCCAGUCUCUAAUUCAUAUUCGGAGCUUAUGGUAAACUCUCCGCUCGUUGACGGAUUCGAUCGAUUCUCAGGUCGUGGAAAGAAUAUAGUUUUCCAAGAUGAUGCGAGAAGAGGAAGAAACGUCUCCAUUGCUCGCUGGAGGUCGCGCAACGCCACGCACUCGCAGCCGGAACAGCAGCUUUUCUGGCAGCUUGGGCAGCAGUUAUGGCGGAUCGAAUCGAUUUGAGUGCAAAGUCUGCGGGCAGUGGGGCAUGAUUCCGGACGACCAUGGCGGACGGGUAGCGAAAUGCGAGAGUUGUGGAGAAGGAACGCCUAUUCGAAAUCCUGCACCUGGCAAGCAGUAUGUACGCUGCGUUUGCCACUGUCUUCUGGUGUGCCCGAUUGGUGUGAGCUAUUUGCGAUGUCCUCGGAAAACUUGCCGGCGAGUUGUUGAGGUGAGGCUAGAUACACCAGCACAGAUAGAGGUCAACGAAAGGUUUGCUGUCACGAGUACUGAGCGGCAGAGGGAGGAGAUAUUGCGAUGCUCGGAUUGUGGCAAAUUCUAUGAUAGAGCUUAUCAUGAAAUACAGAGCUUGUGCCCUCACUGCUUCAAAGUCCAUAGGAAUGAGGAGAGAUCAGCCAGGCGUGGAUGCUGCUGCUUUCUCAUCCUGGCUGUACUUUGCUGCAUUGGCAUUGCGGUUGUCUUGGUAUUUACAAGAAGUUAUGAAUCCACACAUCAUCUGAUGCUCGUAGCCUGGAUAGGUGCGGGCGUCUUGGCCGUGUUGUUCCUGGUCAUCGGUCUGAGGUAUGCACAUAAGCUCCACAGUGUGGCAUGGCCACGCCCGGUGGAGAGGUAGCAUCCCCGCAUCCACAAAGUUAGGGUGUUUUUGUGUCUUAGGAUUGUCUUGCGUUGCGUUGCAAGUGUUUUGUUCUUUGCAGACUGUUAUUCCGUAUCUUCUGUUAUCCUAUUAUCCUUAUUUUUUAUUAUAUCCGGCAAGCGCUACAUUCUCUUUCUAAAAACACAUCUUGCUCCAUGGUAUUACCAUGCCAUGUACUUAGAAGUAAGUUGAGUACUCUGAUAAUGGUCCCAUAUUUGUAUAUUCUCUGUAUCUGUCGUGUUCACCUUGUGCUGUCAAGGCAUCAUGCAAAUGCAGUCCUUGAAGUAGAAAAUUAAUAUGACGACAGACUGAUACUAGUCUGCGCUUUAUCACCUUGUCCUCCUUGCAUCUCCCGUCAUGUACGCAUGAAGGCUUUGUGUCGGAUCUGGCACGGUCACGCCACCGUCCAGUUUAUGACGAUGCAUCUAUUGAUCUGCCGGUCAGAGCGUGUGUGUUUUCGUUGUCUUGAAGCCGUUUUUGUGCCCUCUACCGCCGUCACUGCAGGUCGCAGCGGGCUGCACUUUGACUUUUCUCCCUGGCAUACCUGCUGCUGCACUUUUUAUCUGGAAAAUUCAUUUGAUUUUAUGUUUAUGUUUAUGUCUGAUUCCGAGUCUUGGAUAUUAAUAUAAUAAUAUUACUUGAAGUAUA